UGCAGUCGAGAAACAAAGAUGGUGGUCGGCUCAAACUUUUGUCACGUGGAAAUAUUUCCACCAAUCAUUUUUCAGAGGUGCAAUAUUUGGGUAUUUUGAAUGUCAAAACUCAUUAUGAGAGCCCUUGUUGUCUGUGUUAAUUUCCGUUAAAACGCCGUUACAUGCGGGCGUCUACAGCACUGCAUGCCGAUUUAUUUUAGAUCUUUGAGAAUAUUUAAUACACGAUUUUGCUCUGUUGACGCUAGAUUAUUUUAUCUAUGGUGUACAGUGCUUAUUUGGGAAUUGUUUAACAAGUGAUUCGAUAAAUUUGUCCUCUGUGGAUUAUAGAUUGUUUGUUUUGAAAUUUCUUCUAGCGCUUGAUGGUAUGAACUCAGCGAUUGAGGAGCCGUCUCCGACUCAGGCUCAGAGAUCACUUAGUCUGAAUGACAUCACGGUACCAGAGGAACAGAAGAGAGAACUAAAAGAAGCGUUUGGAAUGUUUGAGACAAGGAAGGGGAAAAUGUCUGCCAAAGACCUGGGACCACUUCUACGCUGCCUUGGCUUGAAUCCCUCCGAGAGAGACUUGGAAGAAGCUCGACACGAACUUGAUGUUAGUGCGAAAGGUCGUAUAUCCUACGCUGAUGUGGAACGUUACGUUGUAACGCAUGGUGACGUCUAUGCAGAGGAAAUGGAGGACAUUCUAGAGGCGUUCCGAGUCUUGGACAAAUGCGGAAACGGUAAAAUAUCCGUGACAGAUUUUCGACGGUGCAUGACGACCAUGGGCGAUCGAAUGUCAGUGGACGAAGUAGAAGAAAUCAUUAAAUAUGCAAAAUCGGAUGGAUUCAUCGAGUAUGAAGAUUUGCUACGACAACUGAGCGAAUCCACGAAGUAGACUCUAGUCCCCGUUAUUCACCGGGACCUGUUUAACACGCAUAGUACUAUAUAGAACUAUGCAAUUUUCAGAACUCAGGCGCGGAUAGGAAGAGUGACUGUGUGUAUUUCUGGCAUACAUGAUAUUCUAUCUUGGAGUCACUGGUGGAGCAUAUUUGCAUUCAGCAUUUCUGCUUUCGCUGCACAGGAGGUUUGCAGACUCACAAUUUGUAGCACUGAUUCCAGAGUGUUAGACGUGCUCAUUAGCUUUACAUUCUAAUUAAGAAAUGGUGAUCAGACAAAUGUAUGGGGUGGCAUUGACAAGGCAUCGUUCAUUGUAGAUGUACACUUAUUUUACAAAGCACAUAUACUUUGUUAGAGUAGAUUUUGUGACAUGUAUCGCUUCUUAUCAUAUCUCCCUUCGCUUUCUGUGGAUAUACAAGUGUACAUCAAAGUCUCAUUGCCGCUAAUAACAAUUUAUGGUUUACAUCAUACAUCAUUCAAAAGUUCGUUCCAACUUAACAUGGAGCGCCAAAUUAACACUCAAAUAAUUGAAGAUAUCUUUAAUUAUUUGAAAAUAUCUACAAUUCAAUUAUUGCGCGCAUCAAAUCUAUUAGUACCCCCACCAAUUUAAUUUUGCUCGCAAUGCUUGAAUUAAAUUGAUGAGAGCAAUAAUUCAUUUGAUGCGCGCAUUAAUCAAUGUAGUGGAAUAAUUUAAUUUGGAGCUCGGUAUAAAUAAUUUGAUGAUCUCUUGAGUCAAUCGAAGAUAUCUUUAAUUAUUUACAACGAUUAGUAUAAGGAAUUAAUGCGCGAAUAUCUUUAAUUAUUUACAACGGUUUCAUAUAAGGAAUCAAUGUGCGCAUCAAUUUUUUUUAAGAGAGCAACAAUUCAAUUCAAGAUACCAUUAAUUUAAUUGUGGAUAUGUUGAAUUAAAGAUAGAUCUUAUGAGAUGGUUGUUCUGUCUAAAAGAAUCAUUGCGCGCAUCAAUUGAAUUAAUUCUAUCAUUCGAGUAAUAAUUGAAUUAUUGCGCGCAUUUUAAAGAGGUUCGCACCUGACAUUUGGAGUAAUGUCAUUUGGGGGGGAUGUAUUUUCAAUUUCUACGUUGAAGGAGAAUUGGGAAAUUGAAAAGAAAAAGUGGGGUCGCAAUGCUUGUUAUUGAGCUACAGUGUUCUAAACAUGACCUUUUUGUACUUAAAAUUUAUUCAAUUAAACUUAUUUAUCUGUUGGUGUCAACACAAUAUAAGCAACACAAAUCAACCAUUACAUAAAAUAGAUACAUAACCAUGCCUUCUAACAAUACAGAUAAAAAAAAUUAAUAGUAGUAAUGGAAAUAAAUAAUGCGCUUGGUAUAUGAAAAAAUUCACGAUAUCAAAUUUGAGAGUUUAAAAAGAUAUAUUAGGAGUAGUGUCAAUUUCUAAAUUUUCACAUAAUUUUCAAGGUCUUGUAUUAUAAUUUGAAAAUGGAUCUUUAAAAAAGUGGGGGUUGGAGACCUAAUUUUUAAAUCGUUGGCGAAAAUAAUGAAUUCUUAUACAAAAUCUCGAGUAAAUUAAUUUAAACUUUUAUUGAGAAUCGGUGUUCUAUUUGGAAAAAUAUAUUAACCAAAUUAAUAAAUUACAACAUUUGAUCUAGUUCCAAGUAUCACAUACUUGUAUCAUAUAUUAUGAAACUGAAGUACAUGUAUAGUAUAAAGAUAUGUUAGAUGAAACAAAAACUGUAAUAUCACGCAGAUUUAUAACUUUUUGAGUAAUUAAUCCUUCCGUCACAAAAUGUAGUCCCUGCAAAACCCUUACGAAGUUUGAAUUGACACAAUUUUUUUCAACCGGAUAAGGUACAGUAAUAGAUUUGUAAUAUGCUUGCACCAAUGGAAUCAGUAUUGAACCAGUAAAUACUUGCAGCGUCCUGCGCAGUUGUGCUCAAAAGCUCAGGAACUAACUUCCUUAAUUGAAUUGAUGUGUGAAUUGAAUUAUUGCUCACUUUCAGUGGAUGUCAUCAAUUCAUUUGAUGAGAGCAAUAUUUAAAUUAUAGCGCGCAUCAAUCCAGCAGAAUAAUUAAUGUUAUCACCAAUUCAAUUUAUGCGCGGGGUAAUUCAGAAUUGAAGAUACAUGUAUCAAUAAUUAUUUGAAGAGAUCUUUAAUUAAAUUAGUGUGUGCAUCAAAUUAAUUUUUUGGUAUCUUUAAAUAAUUAAAGAUAAAUGUAUCUUCAAUUCUGAAUUACUCCGCGCAUUAAUUGAAUAUCAUUUGAGUUUAUGUUAAUUUGGCGCUCCAUGAACUACAAAUAGUAAUGGUUAAAUAGCCAUGCAUCAAACAUAUAAUUCACACUGAUUAACACAAAUAUAUCUCCUCAAUAUGUAAAUAUAACGAAUUGUGAUAUCAAUGAUGAGUACAUAUUCGCUAGCCAAUGAUUUUGUCUAGGUCACCUACACGUUUGUCAAAGCAGUGUUCUACGAGACAAAUUGGGGAGUCAAAUGGCUUGCAUGACCUAGGCUAGCCAGUGGUUCCGAUCCGUUAACUUCAUCUUUACGUGGACACGUGUCUGGCGAGUCUGCCAUGGUUAUAAAAAAAACACCUCAAUUUUGUGUAAUCCUAAUAGGUUAAAGUUUCCUUCGAACUUUAGUCUAUUCUAUCAAUUCAUAUUUUUGGCAAUCGGAUUGAUGCAGAGACCCAUUAACAUUGUUCGUAGCCUGUGUCCUUAAGCGGCCCCAUUCAGAGGGCGUGUGUACGAAGGAAGGAACUGUUAUUUGUAUAUCAUCCAAUCAGAAGGCGUGAGGAGGAUGGCGUGGGAUUCAGAAGACGUUAGAAUCAUUAAUAACUAGAGGGGAGUACGUGUACUACGUAUAACGGAGCUGUAUAUCUAUGUCUUAGGUCACCAGAUUUUGUUGGAAAAGAAAAACCGUGCGUUCUCCUGCGAAAUCUGUUAACUUUCAGUAGAAUGAAAUAUUUAUUUUUCCACUGUACAGUUUUGGUAUUAAUGGUGUAUAUAGAUGUCUGUUAGAAUUAUACAUAUUGCAGGAUACAAUGAGAGAUCGAAUGGCUUACCUAUAUAGUGUUCUUAUAAAUAUGUGAUCACACGUCUUUGUUAUAUAUAUAAACGGAGACACUUUUGACAUUUUUUCCUCUCACUCCAGAUUUAUAUCGCUUCAUAAUUUGUUAUCAGUAUGUUAAGAUGUUAUAUGUUUGAUAGAUUACAUUUUUAUUCAGUAUUAUUGAAUUACCAUAUCACCAUUGUUGGAAA